AAAUACAAAACGAAUUUAAAAAGCCGAAAGACGGACAAGCCCAUUUCACACCCACCGCAUUUUGUCUCUCUUCCGUAAGCCCGCAUGCGAUCUUCUCAUAAAAGAAAUCCCAAUAAUUCCAAAUAGCAAUAUAUCGCACCAAACAGUACUCUCUAUCUAUAUGGUUGGUACGAGGGAGUGUCAUGCUGCUAAACAGCUCAGCUCUCCACCUUAUAAAAAAACUCUAGCGCCCUCUCUCUCCCUCUCUUCUCCUCCCUUUCUCUGAAACCCCACCUACCCUUCUCUCCUACAAACCCUUAUCGCAUAUCUCUUUCUCCUUCUUCCACUCCUCUCUCUCGCUUCUACUCCUGCUCUUGGUCCCCGGUCAAACGACUCAGACUCCGCACCUUCGUCCGAUCUUCCGCUGCCGUUGUUGAGCGCUUUGAGCGCCGGAUCGCCACCAUGGCUACUCGUAAUUCCUUCGAGAGUAUCUUGAUGCCGUUGUCGAAACCUGGUGGCGGUGAAUUCGGGAAGUACUUCAGCUUGCCUGCUCUCAACGAUCCAAGAAUUGAUAAACUUCCUUAUUCCAUUAAGAUUCUUCUUGAAUCUGCUAUCCGUAACUGUGAUGAGUUCCAAGUUACGGCAAAAGAUGUCGAGAAGAUCAUCGAUUGGGAGAGCACUUCUCCAAAGCAGGUUGAGAUUCCGUUCAAGCCGGCCCGUGUUCUUCUGCAGGAUUUUACUGGUGUUCCCGCUGUGGUCGAUCUUGCGUGCAUGCGUGACGCGAUGAACAAACUUGGGAGCGAUUCAAAUAAGAUUAACCCAUUGGUGCCUGUGGAUCUUGUUAUUGAUCACUCAGUUCAGGUUGAUGUGGCAAGAUCAGAAAAUGCAGUGCAGGCAAACAUGGAGCAUGAGUUCCGUCGCAACCAAGAAAGAUUUGGUUUUCUGAAGUGGGGAUCCAGUGCAUUCCGUAACAUGCUUGUUGUUCCUCCAGGGUCUGGGAUUGUUCACCAGGUGAACCUAGAGUAUCUUGGCCGUGUCGUGUUUAAUACUGGUGGCAUACUUUACCCUGACAGUGUUGUUGGCACUGAUUCGCACACUACUAUGAUAGAUGGGCUGGGCGUUGCUGGCUGGGGAGUUGGUGGCAUAGAAGCAGAAGCUGCAAUGCUCGGCCAGCCAAUGAGUAUGGUUCUGCCUGGAGUCGUUGGGUUCAAAUUAUUAGGAAAAUUGAAGAACGGCAUGACAGCUACUGAUUUAGUUUUGACAGUGACCCAAAUGCUUCGGAAGCAUGGUGUUGUUGGGAAAUUUGUGGAGUUCUAUGGGGAAGGCAUGAGCGAACUAUCAUUGGCCGAUCGUGCCACUAUUGCAAACAUGUCUCCUGAAUAUGGAGCAACCAUGGGUUUCUUCCCUGUGGAUCAUGUCACUCUGCAGUACUUGAAACUGACUGGCAGAAGUGAUGACACCGUGUCUAUGAUAGAGUCUUAUCUACGGGCGAAUAAGAUGUUCGUGGACUAUAGUGAGCCGCAGACAGAAAAGGUGUACUCGUCUUAUCUACAAUUAAAUCUCGAGGAUGUCGAACCAUGUGUAUCUGGGCCCAAGAGGCCACAUGAUCGAGUCCCCUUAAAAGAAAUGAAAGAGGACUGGCAUUCUUGCUUGGACAGCAAAGUUGGAUUCAAGGGAUUUGCAGUGCCAAAGGAAUCUCAAAGUAAAGUUGUGGACUUCUCAUUCCAUGGGAUGCCAGCACAAAUUAAACAUGGCGAUGUUGUUAUAGCAGCAAUCACCAGUUGCACAAAUACCUCAAAUCCUAGUGUGAUGCUUGGAGCUGCUCUGGUUGCAAAGAAGGCCUGCGAACUGGGUCUCGAGGUGAAGCCAUGGAUCAAGACAAGUCUUGCCCCAGGUUCUGGAGUUGUUACCAAAUAUUUGGAGAAGAGUGGCUUGCAGAAGUAUCUGAAUCAUCUGGGCUUUCAUAUUGUCGGGUAUGGAUGCACCACAUGCAUUGGGAAUUCAGGAGAUCUUGAUGAAGCAGUUGCCACAGCAGUUUCUGAAAAUGAUAUAGUUGCUGCAGCGGUGUUGUCUGGCAAUAGGAAUUUUGAGGGGCGUGUACAUCCUUUGACCAGAGCAAAUUACCUAGCUUCCCCUCCACUCGUGGUUGCCUAUGCUCUUGCUGGCACGGUUGACAUUGACUUUAACACAGAGCCAAUUGGGACCAAAAAGGAUGGAAAGAAGGUAUUUUUCAGAGAUAUUUGGCCUUCAAAUGAGGAAAUAGCAGAGGUUGUGCAGUCUAGCGUGCUGCCUGACAUGUUUAAGGCCACAUAUGAAGCAAUCACAAAAGGAAAUCCCAUGUGGAACCAGUUAUCAGUGCCUUCUGGUACACUCUAUGAUUGGGACCCGAAGUCGACUUACAUACACGAGCCUCCAUAUUUUAAGAACAUGACCAUGUCCCCGCCUGGCCCGCAUGGAGUGCAGGAUGCAUACUGCUUGCUCAACUUUGGAGAUAGUAUUACAACCGAUCACAUCUCACCUGCUGGGAGCAUCCACAAAGACAGUCCUGCAGCGAAAUACCUCAUGGAACGUGGUGUUGACAGGAAGGACUUUAACUCUUAUGGGAGCCGCCGUGGUAAUGAUGAGGUGAUGGCAAGGGGCACUUUUGCCAAUAUUCGCCUUGUGAACAAGCUAUUGGAGGGAGAAGUUGGACCUAAGACAAUUCACAUCCCUACUGGGGAGAAACUAUCCGUAUUUGAAGCUGCCAUGAGGUACAGGAGUGAGGGGCAUGAUACCAUUGUCUUGGCUGGGGCUGAGUAUGGAAGUGGAAGCUCUCGUGAUUGGGCUGCCAAGGGACCGAUGCUUUUGGGAGUGAAAGCAGUGAUUGCCAAGAGCUUUGAGAGGAUUCACCGCAGUAAUCUGGUGGGCAUGGGUAUCAUCCCUCUCUGCUUCAAGCCUGGGGAAGAUGCAGAGACUCUUGGCUUGACUGGCCACGAACGUUACAGCAUUGAUCUCCCGAGCAGUGUGAGUGAGAUAAAACCAGGUCAGGACGUCACUGUUGUGACCGACAGUGGCAAGUCAUUUACGUGUACGGCCCGCUUUGACACAGAGGUGGAGCUUAUAUAUUUCGAUCACGGUGGAAUCCUGCAGUAUGUCAUUAGGAAUUUGAUCAAUGCCAAGCAUUAGAUCAAAAUGGAUUUUGGUAACGGAAAGGUGUAAUGUGAUAUUUAUCUUAUGUUUUCAUUUUACUGUUCCAGAUAUUUGGGUUACUGGCAGUGUCCUUGGGAUGAAUAGUCUGUAUUUUCGGAUCUUGGUCUUGGGCUAUUUUUGGAGCUUGCAUGCGAAAAAAAAUAGUAGUAGUACAAGGGUGAGGGUUGCGGAAAA